AACUCCAAAUAUUUUCGUUCUUUCUUUCUUGCUUCUCUCCGUACUGAAAAAUUGUCAGAUAAUCGAAAUUUGAGCAACGCGUGAAAUCUCACACUCCUCAUCCUCUCGAACUCACCCGCAAUCUCUUGCAUCAGUAUUCAUGCUUUGAUUCACGAUUGAGUGGGUUCUGUUGUGUAGGGAGGGGAUCGAUGGGUGCGCCAAAGCAGAAGUGGACUGCAGAAGAAGAAGCUGCCCUUAAAGCUGGAGUGCUUAAGCAUGGGACUGGCAAAUGGCGAACUAUACUUUCAGAUCCCGAGUUUAGCGUUGUUUUGCAGUCACGUUCAAAUGUAGAUCUGAAGGAUAAAUGGAGAAAUAUAAAUGUCACAGCAAUAUGGGGAUCGAGGCAGAAGGCUAAGCUUGCACUUAAAAAGACUUCACUGACCCCUAAGCAUGAUGGUCGGACUCUUCUGACCCCUAAACACGAUGCUCAGACUCUUCUGACCCCUAAACACGAUGCUCAGACUCUGAUGAUCCUUAAACACAAUGCUCAGACUCUUACGACCCCUAAACAUGAUGCUCAGACUCAGCUGACACCUGAACUUGAUAAUAAUCCCAUGGCUUUGAGCACUUUACCUCAGAAUCAUGAAGAAGUUGUUGAUGCUAAGCCUCUAGCAAUAUCUGGAGGAACAUUCCGAUCUUCUGGUUCCAAAGAAGCAGUUGCAAGGUUGGACAAACUUAUAUUAGAGGCAAUUGCCAAAUUGAAGGAGCCAAAUGGUUCUGACAGGGCUUCAAUUGCUAAUUACAUAGAGAAGCAAUACUGUGCGCCUGAAAACCUCAGAAAGCUAUUAGCAACAAAAUUAAAGCUUAUGACAGCAAAUGGCUCAUUGAUGAAGGUAAAGCAUAAGUACAGUAUUGCACCCAGUGCAGCAGCUUCUAUAGCUAAAAGGUCUCCCAAGUUACUCCUGGAGGGAAGGCAAAAGGUUUCGCCCAAGCCACAUAAAAAAGACAUCACCAUUCUUACCAAGUCCCAGGUUGAAGCUGAUCUAUCAAGGAUGAGGGGCAUGACAGCACAGGAGGCUGCUGCCGCUGCUGCACAGGCUAUAGCAGAGGCAGAAGUCGCAAUUGCAGAGGCUGAAGAGGCUGCUAGGGAGGCUGAGAAAGCAGAAGCUGAAGCAGAAGCAGCACAAGUUUUUGCGAAAGCAGCAAUGAAGGCACUGAAAUGUAGGACACUUCGUGCCUGGUGAAGUCCUUCAGCUUUUGCAAUCAUGACUUGAUAAAUAAAUGGAUUUGUAGAGAGAUAAGUGUGGAACUGAAAUAUCGUACUGAAAAGUGAAAACAUCAUUCGGGUUCAACGUCUAUUGCCAUAGUGCCUAUGUGAUGUAUAAAGUUAGGCUUGUAAAUCCA